AACGGGCAUCUGUCCCUGGGAUGGACUGCAGGGAUUGGGUCGAUUGCGAUCUGUGGGUUCGUUGUUAGCUGGCAGCAUUUCCUCCUACUGUAACGGCUAAGAAACAUAAUUUCCUAAAUACAUAACGAAGAAUUACUCUCAAGAGGGACGGUUCCUGGUAGAUUUAGCAGCAACUGCGAUUGCGCAUCUGGAAUUUAGCCGCUAGCGCUAGCUAGCCGACAAGCUAGUUUAGCAGAUCCUGUCCUCUGCAUUUUUUUCGAAGCAUUAGCUAUAAGCUAGCUCUCUGUCUCAAGCAUUCACAAGUCAAAGAACAUGUAAAUUACCAUGGAGGCAAAGAGACGGGAACUGGCAGUGCCAGUGAUGGCCUCCCCCCUGCCUGUCUCCAUCAUCCUGGUGGUCCUGCUCUUGGCUGAGUCUCCAUGCCAGGCAGGGGACUGCAAAGGCCACAGGCAGGUGUUGAGGGGACCACCAGGCUACGUCACAGAUGGACCAGGAAACUACUCUGUCAAUGGGAACUGCGAGUGGCUUAUCAAAGCCCCCAGCAGCAGUCACAGCAUAGUCCUAAAUUUCACCUUCAUGGACACAGAAUGUACCUAUGACUACCUGUUUGUGUAUGAUGGAGACUCCUACCAGAGCCCUCUUCUAGCCAGCCUGAGUGGCAACACUCUGCCUGAACCCAUUGAAGCCAAGUCUGGCAAGAUGCUGCUUCAUCUUUUCAGUGACGCUAAUUACAACCUCCUGGGCUAUAAUGCAACGUUCACCUUCUCUCUGUGCCCCGGAGCCUGUGGGGGCCGCGGUCGCUGUGACUCCACCACUUCAAAGUGCCAGUGCCAUCAGGGUUGGGGAGGAGCAGCUUGUACAACCCUCCUGUGCUCCCAGGCUUGUUCUGUGAAUGGCCAGUGUGACAAGAAAGGGGAGCGUUGCAUAUGUAACCCUGGCUUCCUGGGUCAGAGCUGCCUGCUUGGUUUUCAUAACGACAGUGGGGCGGGGCAGUGGUGGCGGGUGAGUGAAGGAAACCCCCACACGCCCCCCAGGAUGGGUUCUGCUGGCGUGUAUCUGUCCUCCACUGGAGCCAUGUACUUGUUUGGCGGGUUUGACCUGAAUAGAGCUCUUGGUGACUUGAUCAAAUAUAACUUCUCCUCCAACCAAUGGGAAAGCCGGUCUUAUGGUCACUCUCCUGUGGCUCGUCAUUCCCACACAGCUGUUGAGUGGACGGGUAACAUGGUGAUCUUUGGAGGAGAGCUUGCUAACGGCUCCCUGGCCAGUGACGUCUGGAUGUACCGGCCUCUCCAAGAUGACUGGCAGCAGCACGGCUUCUCAAAUUCACGUGGGUCUCCUAAACUGGCCAAUCACGCUGCAGCUGUCGUAGACAACUAUCUCUAUGUAUUUGGAGGUCGCACUGAAGAGGAUAUGUUUUCUUCCUCUCUGUAUCGGUUCGGCCUGCAUGGCUCCGGCCGGUGGGAGACUGUUCAGCCCACCGGGGGGAAGCCCCCUUCCACCGCGGGCCACUCCAUGGUGUUCCACAGCCCCUCCAGAACGCUGCUGGUCUACGGCGGCCACCGGCCCACCACUGCCAGGUUUAGUGUGAGGGUAAACAACACCGACGUGUUCCACGUGGACCGGCGGUUCUGGACAUCUUUCCGUUCCCGUUUCCCAGCAACCGGCCCCAGAGAGCGAGCUUUCCACACAGCCACCGUCAUCGGAAACUACAUGGUGGUCUACGGGGGGAAUGUGCAUAUUCAUUACCAAGAGGAGAAGUGCUAUGAUGAGGAUAUCUUCUUUUACCACCUGGGCUGUCACCAGUGGGUUUCUGCUGGGGAGAGAUGGUCCCUCAGAGGGGAUCCAGUGAGGGGGCGUUACUCGCACGUUGCUGCUGUGAUGGAGGGAAAAGUGCUGCUGGUUGCCGGGGGUUACAACGGUAUUGCCAAUGGAGACCUGGUGGCUUACAAAGUUCCGCUGUUCGUCAGUAGCGAUCAGGGUGACAGGGAUGCUGUGUGUGCUGAGGCGCUCGAUGAAAGUAUGUGCCUGAAGAACCCCGAGUGCAGCUGGUGUGAAGGCCGCUGUCGAGAGUACCAGCCCACUAAUCCG